CAAAGCAGUCCCUUGGGCAUAGACCCACCACACACAGCCUCUUAUAUCUGGGAAGUGCUCCUGCCUGAGAGGACACUCAGCUUACAAGGAGAAAGGACAACAGAGGCUAUUGUUGUGUAGGAUAAACUCUUCUCCUCAGAGGCAAGACGUGAGAAGAGAGAUGGGGGUUUCCUCUGUGCUUCUCUGCCAGGGCUGUGCCCCAUGGCAGGGGAUUCUGCUCACAGCCUCCUUCUUAACCUGCUGGCACAUGCCCACCACUUCCCAAGUCACCAUUGAACUAGUGCCACCUCAAGUGGUUGAAGGAGAAGAUGUCCUAUUCCUCGUUCACAAACUGCCAGAAAACCUUAUUGGCUUCUGCUGGUACAAAGGGUCGCCAAUUAUAAAACAUGGCAUUGCACUGUAUGAAGCAAACACUAAAGUAGGUGUGGCAGGGCCCAUGUACAGUGCUAGAGAGACGUUGUACAGAAACGGGUCCAUGUUGAUCCACAAUGUCACCCAAAAGGACACAGGAUUCUACAGACUACGAAUCUUUAAUAGACAUCGAGAUACUGUGUUAACAUCCACAUUCCUCCACGUGAAUCUUUCAUAUGGAUCAUGGUUUGAGCACAUCCGUGGCUGGCUGUCCAUGAGAGAAUGGGACAACUUCUUGGUACUGUAUUAUGAAGACAUGAAAAAGGAUACAAUGGGAUCCAUAAAGAAGAUAUGUGACUUCCUGGGGAAAAAAUUAGAGCCAGAUGAGCUGAAUUUGGUCCUCAAGUAUAGUUCCUUCCAAGUCAUGAAAGAAAACAACAUGUCCAAUUAUAGUCUCAUGGAGAAGGAACUGAUUCUUCCUGGUUUUACUUUCAUGAGAAAAGGCACAACUAAUGACUGGAAGAAUCACUUCACAGUAGCCCAAGCUGAAGCCUUUGAUAAAGUGUUCCAGGAGAAAAUGGCCGGUUUCCCUCCAGGGAUGUUCCCAUGGGAAUAAAUUUUCAAAAGUUUUAAAUAUUUUAUGAACACUGAUGUUUAUGUUUAUGUUGUUCUAUGAUGUCUGAAUAACUGAAUGUGGUCGUUGAAUAAAUCCUGUUCUGGAAUUGUGAAA